CUCACACGAAGACCCCAAAGCGGGGUCAUGUGACCGUGCUGACGUCAGGCCGGGGCGGCAGGCAGCCGAGGAGCCAGUUAGUUUGCAGGCUUUGAAUAAACCUCCAGCUCAGACGAGGAGACUCUGGGAGUCUGACAGUCCCCGUUAGCUCUGCUUCAGUCCAUCUCCCCCUCCUCUCUCGCUCUCUCUUCGUCGUCUCCUCUCUCGGCUCUUCUGCCCCCCCUCAUCUUCAGUUAUUUGUGCUGCUAUUCUUUUCUUCUCGCCUGUUGCUUCUUCUCUUCCUCCUCCUGCUGCUGCUGCCGCUGCCUCAAACUUAGCCUAGAGAGAAAGUGCUGGGUGAUGGACUGCUGAACAGCUUGUACAAAGUGAGCUGUGAGCAGAGCGAUCAACAGGCCCGACAGUCAUGGGGAAGCAGAACAGCAAGCUGCGCCCGGAGGUGAUGCAGGACCUCCUGGAGAGCACCGACUUCACCGAGCACGAGAUCCAGGAGUGGUACAAGGGCUUCCUGAGGGACUGCCCCAGCGGGAACCUCUCCAUGGAGGAGUUCAAGAAGAUCUACGGCAACUUCUUCCCCUACGGGGACGCGUCCAAGUUCGCCGAGCACGUCUUCCGCACCUUCGACGCCAACGGAGACGGGACGAUAGACUUCCGGGAGUUCAUCAUCGCGCUGAGCGUGACGUCGCGCGGCAAGCUGGAGCAGAAGCUGAAGUGGGCCUUCAGCAUGUACGACCUGGACGGCAACGGGUACAUCAGCAAGGCCGAGAUGCUGGAGAUCGUGCAGGCGAUAUAUAAGAUGGUUUCCUCUGUGAUGAAGAUGCCUGAAGACGAGUCGACGCCCGAGAAAAGGACGGAGAAGAUCUUCAGGCAGAUGGACACCAACAGAGACGGAAAGCUGUCUCUGGAGGAGUUCAUCAAAGGAGCGAAGAGCGACCCCUCCAUCGUCCGCCUGUUGCAGUGCGACCCCAGCAGCGCCGGACAGUUCUAAAGCCGAGGCUCCAACAAAACCCCUCGCCGACUCGGUGACCCCGGAUUGCCUGAGACUCUCCACUGACGGAGCAGACUGAAGAUGAAGGAUGACAAGAUGACGACGACGACGAAGGAGGCAGGCCUUCAAAAUGUACUGAGGACUUUCAAAGAUGGAGCCACCCCCCCUCCCCCCCCCCCCCCCCCCCCCUCCCCCCUCCCCCCUCCUCUAAACUCUGUAUGUAGACUGACCGGUCUCGCCGGGGCCUGAAGCCCGCCGGCUGUCCUCCGCCCUCCGGAGUCCUCCAGGUUUACAGUAGAUGGUGUACAUAUGCAGUCUGAGCUGGAGUCUCGGGGUGUUUGAUUGGCUCGCGGAGCCGGCGGCGCCGCGGCGGACUCGGUGUGGGUGAGAUGGUCUGUCCCUCUCUCACUCCUUCUUUCACUCUCUUCUUUUUCUACCCUGAUACUUGUGUACGUGCAUUGGUGUACUUUCUUUUGAUUUGUUUUUAUUUUGAAAACUCUCCUUCCCAACUGCGAUCCGGGGGACAGCUGGUCGUGCGACUAUGCAUCUUGGCCUCCGUCUCUCGGGAGUGCGGCGGAGCGCGGCGACGUCCGGGGCGAAGCGUCCCUCCGUCCGCCGCCCGUCCCUCUGCCGCCUCUCCUUCCUGUCAGCACGGAGAGAGGGAGGCGCCGCGCUCCAGCUCCACGUCAAACCAGUCACACUCCACCAGUAUUUGUAGAUAACUUCGAAGCGAACCCAGCUGUAGUGCGGACCGCUCGGCUCAGAACAAACGUCGUGAAGUAAUAAUAAUAUUAGCUGUUUUAUUUAAGCCGGAUAUCCAGCAUGCCAAGCGCUUCUCUUCUUCUUCUUUUUUUUUCUCCCACUCCUUUAUCAUGUGAGGAUCCGCGUGCAUGUGACUACGCACGCACGCACGUACGUGUGUGUGUGUGUGUGUGUGCUGGCUGGCUUUGUGUGUUGGUGUCGUCGGUGUCGUGACGCAGCGGGGACCAACGCCACGCACAAACACCUGUACAUACCGAGGUUUCUCUCUUCUCCCGCUCUCCUGAAACCCACGGAGAGCAGCGUCCGCAGUUUGAAUGUGAUCAGUAACGGGGGGGAUUUUAGUGACCGGUUUUAAAACGUGGAACUUUUAUUAGCGAGACGGGCAGCGUAGCAUCCUGACGAGGGGACGAACCCCGACCUUCACAGCCAUCAGCAGGUGAGAAGAGUGCGGUCAGGGCGAAUGCGGCGGCGUCUGAAACCUCCGGACGAUCCCUGCAGAGCAGGAAUGAAACGCCCAGUAAUGUCAGAAUUUCAGCCGUUCCAAAUGUAGUGAAGCCAAUAAUGUGAGGAAAUAACUGAGAAUAUUUUUUCCAACAUUCCAACAAGGAGUAAUAUUUUAUAAAUCAUUUCUAAAAAAAAAAAAGAAGCAACAAAUAUUGUAAUAACACAUAAAUACAGCAGCAUUUAUUUUAAAAAAAUGAAAGUUUUUUGCAGGUUUUGUACACUGAGGAUAAUACUUAUUACAUUAUUGACUUUAUUACAUUGAAAAGAGUCAAAAUGAUCACAUUAUUGGUUCAUGCACCAGUAAAUCAUAGAUUAUUUGAUCAAGUAUGAGAAUUCCAGUGACUAAGAAGAACUAAGUGAGAGUAAUUUAACCUGAAUGAAUCAGAACGCACAGUGACCACAGCAACGCUGCGCGGUGCAGUUUGUCUCCUCGUCUCUGGUUGUUAUUAUAAAAACUGGGGAAAAAGUGACAUUUGCAGCCGGUCGGUCUCCUGAAUGUACCCGAGCACAGCCGCCCCCCUGCCCUCCCCCUCACAGCACCCACACCCCACCCUCCUUUAGAAAAGCUUUGAAUGUUCAAUUGUAUAACUGCUGUUUUAUUUUAUUUUUUAAGAAAAGAAUUUUAAAAAAGAUGCAGACCAACAAACAAAGGAGAGAAUCACAACUACUGCAAUGAUACUGUCACUAUGUUGCUUCUUUCUCUCUCUCUCUUUAUAGUUUUUUUUUUUUUUUCCAUUGAGAAAAACAAAAUCUGUGUCAGGUGUAACAAUUCUGUUAAAACACAAAAUAGCAUCUUGUGAUCAAGUGCCAAAUAUAAAGAAAGAAACAGUAUUGUAUAAAUUUCUACUGUACAAUUGUUAUAUGUUGAACAAAAUGUUUGUAAUUGUUGCAUUUUGUAGGUUUUGUAUGGUAUCCUGUAUUUUAGUGACUUCAGUUUUUGGAACACAGGAUUCUGUUUUUUUGUUUUGUUUUUGUUUUUUUGGUCAAUUUGAAAAAGGCAAGAAAUAAAUUUACAAUAUAUUGUGUGCUAAGUA